CUUCUACAUCCCCUCAUAGUCUAAUCCCCCUCCCCCCCCCAUCUCAGCUCUACCUCUUCACUCACAAGGACAAACGUCCAAUCUACCCAUCCACCACAACAACCCAAAAUCUCAGAUGCCCCCCCGCUUCAUCCCCCAGGGCCUGCUCCCCCGCCGCCUAUUCGCACCCACCAGCGCCAUCUCCAGAAUGUCUUCCUCCGCAGCCCCAACCUCAAACACCCCCGUUGAGGACCUCAUUCGAGAGAAGAUCACAACAGCCUUUUCCCCCUCAACGUUGAUCAUCCGGAACGAUUCCCAUAAACAUGCGCAUCACGAGGCGAUGCGCGGCGCGGUUUCAAAGGAGACGCAUUUCCAUGUAACGAUUACAUCGCCGUCGUUCCAGUCGAAGCUGCAACCGGCUCGACAUCGCAUGGUGUAUGCUCUGCUCAAGGAGGAGAUGAGUCGGGAGGGUGGAAUCCAUGCGUUGCAGUUGCGAACGAAGACCCCCGAGGAGGAACAGAGAGAGGUAGAGAGGCAGGCACAGGCGUAGUGCUGUAUAUCUUGAAUCGGAGGUUCUCCGUGUAUAAAUAGAUCUAAUACAAAAGAACCCCCUCUGUGGCAUAGAAGAUAUCUCAUAUAUGUAUAUAUGAAGUAGCUACGUGUGGAUUUGUGCUACUGGCGGGAAAGAUAUUAUUAGUGAUUGACUAUUACAUAAAUUCUAGGGUCAAUAGGGUAAGACAGAA